AUUGUUUUGUUUAACUCAUCAAUUAAUUGAGGUAACAGGAAUGAUGAAUAAGGGACUAUUCUGGAGGCAGCGAGGGCAAAGAGAUGGAUGGAUGCUAGCUGGAGGAGUUAUCUAAUUUGAUAUUUAAGUUUGAAUUAUUAUAUUCUUAAGGGCAAGAACCCAAAGUUGUAUUUUGAUUAAGUACUUAAAAGCUUCCGCACCGUUUUGAUUUACUCUGAUGGAUAUUUAAAUAUUGUUUUGAAUUAAAUGUUUUAAAUUGUUUUGAAAAUUAUUGCGUUUGAAUGCCAAUUUAGUAGCAACCCGAUCCGCUGAUCCUAGUAUUCGGGUCACGCGGGCUGGGGUGUUACAACUCCAGCCGCUGCCCGUUCCAGACCGGGUUUGGGAAUCCGCAUCGAUGGAUUUUAUUACGGGCUUACCCCCUUCGCACGGUUUCACAGUAAUUAUGGUGGUCGUUGAUCGGUUGUCCAAAUAUGCACACUUUGGUGAUCUAAGCUCCGGAUAUGACGCUCCUAAGCACCGUUGGUCACGGUUUCUCGCAUGGGCAGAGCUAGCGCUGAAUUGCUCCCAUCACGACGCCAUUGGAAUGUCUCCGUUCCAGGCUUUAUACGACCGUCCUCUGCCUUUCUUAUUCCCCACUUUAUCCAUCCGUGCACGCACGCCAACAGUGGAGGACCUGCUACGGGAUAGGGCAGCCAUGCUUGAUGAAUUGAAGCUCCAAUUGAGGAAAGUGCAGCAACGGAUGCGGGACCAGGCGAAACAGCACCGUCGGGAUAUCUCAUUUAUCGUCGGGGACCUCGUGCUUCUCAAACUCCAGCCAUACCGACAACACUCGGUGGCCCGACUGGCGUCCCUCAAACUAGCACGGUGGUAUUACGGUCCUUUUGAGGUUAUGGAGCGCAUUGGGGAAGUGGCCUAUCGCUUACAAUUGCCGGAGGGGUGUCAAAUUCACGAUGUCUUUCACGUGUCCCUACUCAUACCUUUUCGCCAGGACCGCAACAGUCCCUUCCAAUGGAGUUCUUUGGUGCACGCCCAGUUUCUCGCCCAGCUGCAGUGUUGGGGCAACACACAGUCCUGGUGGAUGGCACGCCGCAAGACCAGUGGCUUAUUCGCUAGACAGAUGGCUCGAAUGGCGACGACACGUGGGAACCUGUGGGUGAAGCCGGUUCUUAACCCCGGGGGAACUGCAACGUCACUUCCUGGAUCUUCGGCUUGAGGACAAGCCGGUUCUUAACCCCGGGGGAAUUGAUACGGGCACAAACCGUAGGGCGGACGACUAGGAGGCAGUAGCGACAAGACGUUCGAGGCGGAACGUGGGUCCGCCACGGAAAUAUCGCGAUUAUGUUUAAGUACUUUAAUUUUAAUAUGUUUAAGUCUUUUUUAAUUAUCAUUAUGUAUUUAGAUUUUCUUUAGGUGGACGAAUUAUAAGUCCCUUCGAGGGUUUCUUUUCGGUUCUUUACCUCGAUGCUUUUUCUUGAACCGACAGGAUAGAUAACUAGUUUAAUUAGGUUUGGGGAACUUCUCUAUUUAAGGAGGUGGUUUAUUCUCCUUAAUCAUCAUGAUCAUAAUUCAAAAAUACUUCUCCCCCACGUCUCUCUCUUUCUUCUCCCCUAAACCCUAGUGCUUCGGCACUCUCCUUCUUCCCCUUGCCGCCCGCGGCAGCCUCGCCAAGGUUUUAAGGGACCGAUCAAAUAUUUUAUGAGUGAAUUUAGUUGUUUGGCGCUCCUCUGCAAUGCAAAAAAAAAAAAAGGAUUAUAUUUUU